UGGAUGGAUGGAUGGACGGCUGGACGCGGUGUGGUGGUUGGGGUGAUGAAGAGACGGAAAAGAAGGUAUAAAUAGUUCAUCGCGUCCAGACUUGCCGGUGGGUUACACCUUUCCUGGUCGAGAUUAUAAGUCUGGUGUUCUUACUCCCAGCUUCAGACUUCUCGACCAACCAACCAACCCUUCGCCCAGGCGUGAGCUCAGCUCCACAGCGACUUCACUCACUAUUAUCUCCUUGUUCUCAUAACCGAAAGACGACAAUUAAGCCCAAGGAAAGAUGCGCAUGCAAACUCUAGCCGCCCGCGCCCUCUUAGGCGGCUUCGCCUACGAACGGCUUCCCACCGUGCCUGGUACCUCGCCCAACCCAAACCAACAAGGUCUCGUUGCCAUCGGUACCGGUAGCAAUGCGGCGGGUUGUGGUAUAGGAGAGACGACAUGUGGAAUCGGGUGUAUGCCGUUGGCUAGUACCUGCUGUUCUGGAAAAGGAUACUGCGACCCAGGCGAAUACUGCACCGUAAGGGAUACCUGUUGUCCGAUUGGCAAGACCUGUUCGCCUGGUGGUGGGUGUGAUGCUGGAAAGGUACUUUGUGGUCAUGGUUGUAUGCCCGCGGGCGCCGUUUGCUGUCCCGACCAUGGCUAUUGUGACGCCGGCGAAGUUUGUACUGACCACGGAACUUGCGCUGUUGGUUCAGGCGGUGGAGGUAGCGGAGGCGGGGGCGGUAGUGGAGGAGGAGGAGGAGGAGGAGGAAGUGGUGGUAGCGGUUCCAACACCUGCAGUGCCGCCGGAAAGGAAAACUGUGAUGUCGGCUGGUGCAUGCCGCUGGGAAGUGUCUGCUGCGCUACCGGCGAAGGGUGGUAUUGCGAUUCCGGCUUCUACUGCACAGAAACCGGCUGCUGCAGAAAUGGUAGGACCUGCAGCAGUUCAGGAGGCAGCGGCUCUGGCGGAGGUGGCAAUGGCGGUGGUUCCAAUCCUGCGCCCACGACGACAACUCGGACGCAGGCACCGGCGGUGACAUCGUCUUCUUCUUCUUCUUCUUCUUCCGUCGCCGCGCCACCAGUGCAGACAGAGGAUUCUGCUAGCGGCGGUGGCCGCCCGGGAUCGACGAUGCCGGUUCGUCCAACUCUCAGCGUCGAUGAUGGGACUGAUGGUGUGACUACACCGUCUAGCACGCCGACGAGCUCCACAACGUCAAGUUCUUUGACUUCGACGCGGGCUGCGCAGUCCACGGGACUUUCGGCGGGAGAUGUUACGCAGCCGGGAGGAGCUGGUGUGCUGUCGGUAUCGGUCGGGCUGGUUUUAACUGCGGUUGUAGGAAUGGUUGGCUUCAUGCUCCCUAUUCUUUGAAACGAGGUGUGCAUCGGCCAAUAUCUUGUUUGAUAUGACCUUAAUUGCUGGGGACGAGGAUGAAAAAAAGUUGCUUCAGGAGGCAUUGGGGCAGUUCGAGAUCACUUCGUGUUUCAUCGCAGGCAAACAGCCAGCUUUUGAAUACGCGCUCUAUUAAAAACAUAAAAUGAACAUCUACCCAGACUAAACAACGCAAAAGUGCCUAUGUAACCACUCCCCCAACG